UAGUGGAGUUAACCAGGAAACGAAAACGCUACGACGACUCAAGCAAACCUUAACAAAAGCAUAUGGCGCCAACCGCCUAAUAAUCGAUAGCAAUUCGGAAGUGAGACUUUUUUUGUGGUUUGUGAGAUGAAUUUGAGGAAGUAUGAAAGCGGAUACACACCUACCUUCUAUCACAUCCCUGGAACGACCACAUAAUCUUCACCUCAAUCAAGAACAAAUACCCGAGGUCUCCACCACCACCAACACCUACUCACAUCCUUCAUCCAAAGCCCACAAAAUGCGAUCUCCAACCCCCUUCACCCGCCUCCUCCUCGCCGUCCUCCUCCUCACCCUAACCCACGCCCAAAUACCAAUCCAACCCUGCGACAUCAAGUGCAUUCUUAUCCCGGGGUGCUGCCCCGACUUCCCGUUGCCCGUACCCGGACAUCCCGCGACGAUCGUACCACAGCCGGGCGUAACUAUUGUGGUUGGCGGUGGUGGUGGAGGGAGCGGUGGGGGGUUGGCGACCGUGUCGAUUGUGAGGCCGUCCAGGACGACGGAGAAGGUGGUGAUUACGGCGUCGACGAGCGCGGGGGGGAGUCAGAGCUCGGCAUUGACGCCGACGCCGACGGAGAGGGUCAUCGUUGUUGGGGCGGGGAGUGUGAGUGCGAGUACACCGGCGAGUGCUAGUGCGACGAGUGCGACGCCUGCGGCGGCCACGUCCGCGGAUUCGGCGACGAGUGCGGGGUCGCUUGGCUUUGAUGCCAAGUUCGGUGCGGCUGCUAGUGCGGGCGGGAUCGCGGUGAUGGCGGGUUUAUUCGUCGCUGCGGGGGUCGUCUGAUUCGAUUUGAUGCCGUAAAGC